UACAUUGGAGCUUCUAUGGCUUGCUGGAUGUUGUUAAGAUAUAUUCUCCUACUUGCUUGCAUGCUUGAUAUUAACUUUCUGUGGAUCCUUCCUCACGAGUGGUUUGACAAACAAUGUUCUCUGUGGAAACGUUAUAUUCUAGUCUAGAUUUCCUUUUUAAACAAUGUAUCUAUGGAUGAGCUAUAUAAUAGGAAUUAGAAUUAUAAACCUUUUAUGCCUUGGCAUCAUUUUCUGCCGUAUGUCUAUUAUCGUUUGUACAUUCUAAUCUAGUCAAAUGAACAUAAAAAGUAGUAAAUUACAUGCGAAUGUAGGUCUUAUAGCUUUCUCUUUCUUCUAGUUCUGUAUUAUCCCGUUUUUAGCAUCUUAGGUUCUGACACUAAAGUAAUCUCCUUAUGUUGUACAUAACUUAUUGUUUGUGGGUACAGCUUGUGGAGAUGGUGUUGUCAGGAUUUUCAGGUUGGAUGACAUCUCAAGUAAAAGUUUCAAGUUUCUGAGAAUUAACAUGCCUGCUGGUGGUCAUCCUAAAGCAGUGGUAUUUGCCGAUAACGCAUCCUCUGUUGUAGUGGCUUCCCAGACACUUACUGGUGCAUCUUUAUAUUUGUAUGGGGAGGAAAAACCCAAGACAACUGAAGAACAGAAGCAGCAGGCCAAGCUUCCACUCCCUGAAAUUAAAUGGCAACACCAUAAAGUUCACGAUAAGAGGGCCAUCCUCACUUUGGUAGGAACUAAGGCAACUUAUGGCACUGCUGAUGGAAGCACAAUUAUUGCUUCAUGUUCUGAAGGUACUGACAUUAUACUUUGGCAUGGAAAAACUGGAAAGAUAUUGGGCAAUGUAGAUACAAAUCAGCUCAAAAACACAAUGGCCACCAUAUCUCCAAAUGGGCGUUUUAUCGCAGCCGCUGCUUUUACUGCUGAUGUGAAGGUUUGGGAAAUUGUCUAUUCAAAAGAUGGCUCAGUGAAGGAGAUUCUCAGAGUCAUGCAGCUCAAAGGACACAAGGAAAUUGUUGGAAGCAUCUUAUCGGAGCUGAAGUUAUGUUGGACUGGAAUAGAUUUUAGUGCGGUGACUUGGCUGUGCUUUUCUCCAAAUUCGGAACAAAUCAUCACUGCAUCCAAGGAUGGUUCGAUAAGAAUAUGGAAUAUUAAUGUUCGAUAUCAUCUAGAUGAGGACCCAAAGACUUUGAAGGUGUUGCCCAUUCCACUCUCUGACUCAAAUGGCACGACUUUACACUAUGAUCGUCUCUGUCUUUCCCCCGAUGGAACGAUAUUGGCAGCAACUCAUGGUUCAACACUGCAGUGGUUAUGCGCCGAGACGGGGCAGGUUUUGGACAUGGCUGACAGGGCCCACGAUAGUGAGAUUACAGACUUGGCAUGGGCACCUACAACCAUUCCAAUAGAAAAUAGGCAAUCGUCAAUUUUAGCCACGGCCAGCAUUGACAAGAAAGUAAAGCUGUGGGCAGCACCUCCGCUUCAUCCCUCAUAAGAAAAAUUACAAUUGCACUGCAGUGAACCAUGGCUUGGAAGGAAGAGUGUCUCCAACAUAUGAUAGCCUCAUAGUUUUUUUGAACCCAACACAUGUUACAAGCUUAACCUUCAGUCGUUUCUAACAAGAAUUGUGUUGUGCGAGGAUGUGGUCGGAAGAGGGCUUUUUCUUGAAUACCAUUACAUUUUGUUUUAGUAAAUUUUAUAUGUAGCUUGGCAAUUGGCGUGAUCUUUUCUUAAUUCUUGAGUGCAGAUGAUUUGAUUACAUGACAGUGUCAUGUCAUUGCAACAUGUCACUAGCUUGAACCGGGUCCAAGUUUAAUAAUUUGCCACCGUGAAACUUUGUCAAAUCUUGGAAUAUGAAUCUUAAUACAGGUUUCGAUUGCCAGAUUUUAUACUU